AGUAGCUUAUCAUAUUCUCUCCACCACCACACUAACCUUAAUCGCAUUCUCUCUUUUUCUACAUAUCAGCUUGCUUUAGUUGUUUCAUUAAUGGCACCGAGUCGUCCGCCUCCGGUAGAUGAACCUCCAUCUGCUUCGUCUUCAGAAGAAGAAGAGUCUGACGACGAAACAAUGCUUAACCAAAAGCCAACGAAAGAUUUAUCCGAGGACGACGAAGAAGAAGUAGAGGAAGAAGAAGAAGAGGUUGAGGAGGAAACUGACGACGAUGAAGAAGAGAUUCCCCAGACAGUAGUGAAUAAACAUAACGAUAAGAAGCCGAUUCCAACCCAAUCAUCUCUUCCAGUAGAAUCCGAAGAAGACGAAGAAGAAGAAGGUACUGAAUCGGAUGAUUUUGACAUGCAGGCUGUUCCCUCCCCAUCCAUCUCCAAUUUCACCAUCAAGCCCAAUACUACUACAUCUAAUAAGCAGCCAGUAGAUUAUUCUUCGCCCAAGUCUAAGAAAUCCUCUGGUAAGGCCGAUCCUUCUCCUACUACUUCUACUACUAUUACUCUGGCUAGGUCUUCCACCAAGCGUGCAUUGGAAAGCAGCAGCAAAGAGAACGGAUCACCAAAGAAGAGGAGGGGAAUCACGUCGAAUGGAGCAGAGGAGAAAUCUGGAACUAAUCGAUUGUGGAGUGAGAAUGAUCAAAUCGCUAUAUUGAAAGGAAUGAUUGAUUAUCAAUCAAACAACGGAUCUGAUCCACUAACUGAUGCAGCUGCUUUUCAUGACAUGAUGAAGAAAUCUCUCAAUGUGGAUGUAUCAAGAGGUCAGAUGGUGGAUAAGAUCAGAAGGAUGAGGAAGAAGUAUCUAAACAAUGCAGAGAAGGGUGAGAAUGGUCAAGACCCUGUUUUUGCCAAACCAUAUGAAUCACAGUCUUUUGAACUCUCAAAGAGAAUUUGGGGAGUCAAUAAAGUCUCUAAUGGAAGCAGCAGCAGCAGGAAGAGGAAGGUAAAGAAAGUUGAAGUUGAGAAUCCUCAGACCUCUUCUCAGGAAAACGGAAUUAUGGAUGUUGAAAUGAAGGAGGAAGAGGUGACAAAGGAGAAGGAGGUAAAGGAGGAGGAGGAGAGUGAUGAGGAUUUUUGGAAAAAGUAUCCACUGUUGGAAAGAUCUCUUUCAAAUUGCGUGGAGAGUCCAGUUGUGAGAGGGGAAGAUUGGAAGAAAGCAUUGAGGUCGAUGGGAAAUUCAAAUGCUAAGGUGUUGGAAGAUAAUUGGAGGAAAUUCAGAGUGGAGGAACUUGAAUUGCACAUCAAGAAGAUGGACUUGAUCUAUCAGCAGACCAAAAUGAUACAACAGACAUUCAAUCAGACAAAUGGGUAAAUCUUUUUGGUCCACUCUCAACUGGAAAACUUGAUGAUUUUUGUUACUACUAUAUGUUUGUUUCUUAAACUUAUCAAAUGGGUAAAUCUUUUUUGUCCACUUUCAAUGGGAAAACUUGAUGCUUUUUGUUAUUACAAUAUGUUUGUUUCUUAAACAUAUCAAAUCUUACAAUGUCUUUCUUUC